CAUGAAAAUCGCACUUAUCGCUUUACUCGCCUUUGCCGCCGUUGCAAAUGCCAAAGUUCUUCCACAAUCCCUCAAUGCUGGUCGUAUUGUUGGAGGAGAAAAUGCUCGUCUUGGACAAUUCCCGUACCAAAUUUCCCUUCGUUACUUCGGAAGUCAUUAUUGCGGAGGUGCGAUCUACAACAAACGUUGGAUCGUAACUGCUGCUCACUGUAUCGAAGGCAUGUCUCCAUCGUACUUCAAAGUUGUCGCAGGAUCCGAGAAACUCAGUUCAGGCGGAGACACUUACGACGUCGUAGAACUCAUCUAUCACAAAGAUUGGAAUUCGUGGCAAUUGUACAACGACAUCGGGCUCAUCAAGGUUGGCCGUGACAUUGAAUUCAACGAAAAUGUUCAACCGAUCGCUUUGAGUUCAACCUUUGUCGGCGUCGAAAAUUGCGUUGCCAGCGGAUGGGGAACAACCUCGUAUCCCGGAAGUGCUCCCGAUAACUUGCAAUUCGCCAAUGUUCAAACCAUCACGAAUGACGAAUGCAACCAAAAGCAUGGCAGCGGAUCCGUUAUUGACACGGGCAUUUGCACAUUCACGAAAUACGGGCAAGGCAUGUGUCAUGGCGACAGCGGCGGUCCAUUAGUUUGCACUAUCAAUGGUCGACAAGAAUUGGUUGGAGCUGUUAGUUGGGGACGUCCUUGCGCCAUCGGAUAUCCAGAUGCCUUUACGCGUGUUUAUUCCUUCAAAUCAUGGAUCGAAGAAACAGCUCGUGUCUAA